AUGACGGUGCAGGAGUAUUCGGACGUCGUUAACCGGGUCUGUGCGCGCGCCUCGGCGCGCGCGGCCCAGCCUGCGUUUUCGAGGGUGGACGAGCUGGGAGACGAGAUACGGGUCGAGGGGGCUCGCUUGGGGGCGCUCGAGUUCAAGGCGAAGGAGGCUUUUCUGGCGCGGAGCGGACUUAGCGGCCAGGCGUUGGAGGCCGAGGAGAUGCGGUUGAUGCGGCUGAGGGAGGGGGCGAGCCUGCUCCGCAGGACGCCUGCCGCGGCCACGCCCCUCGGGGCGAAGAAGGCGGGCAAGCGUGCCGCGGAGGCGGAGCGCAGGGCGAUUGCGCUUGAGAGGGAGGGGUGGGUUGACGGGGAGUGCCGGGGUGGGCGUCGUAAGGGUGAGGGCGAUUGCCGCCCUUCCCCCUUCGCCCACCUCGACGCCUUCGUGUAG